AUGAUGCUUACCUUGCGACCAUUUUUCCCCACCUUUGAACCACUAUCCUCGCCUUCAUCUGGCCAUUCCAACAAAACCCCACCUCCCGUAUAUGCUAAAUUCCCGCUCUGCGUCCGCCAUUCUACCGGACGACAGUCGCCCAUCAGGCGAGCGAGGUGGACCAAGCAUUUGUGUCUCCACACGGCAAUGGACGGUUUUGAGGCUAAUGACGACGGUGAAAGAGAAAUGGAGGACGAGAAUGAUGUGUCGUGGCGUCGAGGUGACGAAGAAAAGGAUUAUGACAGAGACCCGGAGUUUGCCGACAUUCUUGGCUCUUGUCUUGAUGACCCGGAUAAAGCUAGGUCCAAGAUGGAGGAGAGGCUAAGAAAGAAGAGGAACAAGAUAUUGCACACGAAAACGGGAUCUUCGAACCCAAUGGUAGUGAAGUUUAACAAAUUUGAUUUUACAAACUCAUACGUAUGGUUGGAGUUCUAUAAUGCCCCACUGGAGAAAGAUGUUUCUUUGAUAUGUGAUGCAAUUCGGGCUUGGUAUAUUGUUGGACGACUUGGUGGAUGCAAUUCCAUGAAUAUGCAACUGUCGCAAUCCCCUAUGGACAAAAGACCAAGCUAUGAUGAUAUUCAAGGAGCAAAUGCUACACCAACCACAUUUUACAAUAUUGGAGAUCUUGAGGUUCAAGAUAAUUUAGCUCGAAUAUGGAUGGAUAUCGGCACCAGCGAACCUUUACUCUUGGAUAUAUUAAUCAAUGCAUUGACACAAUUGAGCUCCGAUUAUGUUGGAAUUAAGCAAGUGAUGUUUGGUGGAUCUGAAUUUGAGAGCUGGAAAGAGGACUUAAAAACCGAAGAUGUGGGAUAUACCGUUCACAAGAUAUAG